AUGGACUGUGAUGUUGCAGUAUUAAAAAGUUUUAAAUCACUAAAGAAUAUUUCUGUGCAACAAGAUCAGUCACCAGAACGGACAUCAUCAUUGGUUGAAGAUAAAACAAAUGUUGCUUAUAAUAAUUUGAUAUGGAAAAUUGAUCGACGUUUAAUACCACUUUUAUCCUUAUUAUAUCUUUGUUCAUUCCUAGACCGCAUUAAUAUUGGUAACGCUAAAGUUGCUGGAAUUGAAAAAGAUAUCCAUUUAACACCAUCACAAUACAACAUUGUUGUAUCGAUAUUUUUCGUUAGUUAUGGCGUGGCCGAAGCAGGAUUAUUUCCAGGAAUUUUAUUCUACCUAUCCAUUUGGUACACAAAACGACAACAGAUAAUGCGAAUAGCAAUCUUUUUUUCGUCAGCUAUACUUGCUGGAGCAUUUGGUGGUGUAUUGGCUUAUGGAAUUAUAAAGAUGAGUGGUAAAGCUUACUUAACGGGAUGGCAGUGGAUUUUUAUUCUCGAAGGUUCUCCCGUUGUUCUCAUUGGAAUAGUCACAUACUUCUAUUUGCCAAAUUAUCCUGAAACAGUUAAAUGGCUCAGUGAUCGUGAACGUUUGUUGCUGAUCGAUGGUUUGAAAAUGGACGCAGGAGUUGCAGAUCAAAGUCAUUUUUCAUGGCUACAAGUCAAACGAGUUUUUAUGGAUAAACAAGUGUACUUUUAUGCAUUGGCUAAUAUUGGCAAUUUAACAUCUUUCUAUAGUUUGAGUUUAUUCUUACCAGCAAUUAUCCACGGUAUGGGUUAUUCGAGUGUGCAAGCACAAUUAAUGUCAGCUGUGCCCUAUGCAAUUGCAUUCGUAUUUACACUUGCUGUAUCAUAUCAUUCUCAGCGUGUCAACGAACGAGGUAUUCACGUGUGUAUAUGUAAUCUAAUUGGUAUUGUUGGCUUUGUUCUAUUAUUGACUGUGCACAAGUAUGGUGCGUUAUCAAUGUAUAUUGCAUCAAUUAUUGCAUGUAUUGGAACAUUCUCACCUAUACCAACUAUUUUAUCUUGGUCAACAAAUAAUAUCGGGGGACACACAAAAAGAGCAGUGGCUUGUGGUUUUAUAAUUGCUUUCGGUGGAAUGGGGGGUAUCGUAGCUGGACAAGUAAAUAUCACUGUGCCAAACGCAAUUACACUAAAAUGUUUACUGAAAUACGAUAAUUAUAAACGAGAUAAUUUGACAGUAGAAGCAUACAAUGAUCAAUGUUCACAAGAAGAGCUAGCUGACUGGCAUCCUGAUUUUCGUUAUAUCACUUAA